CAAUUACACCACGCGCCAGCUUCCGUCACAAUCAGUAUAAACAACGGCUGCAAUAUCAUCGGUAUACCGAUGUGGUUGUGGAUGCGUGCGAAUUGAAAAAAAUGGCACAACAGAAUGUUGAUAAUGAAACUAAACCUCUCACACAAGCAUACCUUACGGAGAAGCCGAAGAUACAACCUAAAUAUGACGUGCAUCGCGAUGUGUUAUCACACGAGUUGGUCAUCAAACAGACCGGCUAUGGGGCACGCGACAAAAGCAUCCCAUCGGGCAUGCGUCGCUCAUGGAGUAAUUGGUCCUUCCUCUCCCUGUUCGCCGGCAUUGUUCCGAUAGUGCAAUGGUUGCCGCGCUACUCGCUGCGACGUGAUACAAUGGGUGAUAUUGUAGCAGGCAUUACUGUGGCCAUUAUGAAUAUACCACAUGGCAUGGCCUAUGGUAUACUUGCUGGUGUGACACCUGGCUGUGGACUUGCACUCGCCAUAUUCCCGGUGUUAGUGUAUAUGGUGUUGGGUACAUCUAGGCACAUAUCGAUUGGAACUUUUGCUGUGAUAUCUAUGAUGACCUUGAAAGUGGUGCAAACAUACGCAACGGAGGAUCAUGGAAAAUUAGCGCCACAGAUAGUGGGCCUAAACGAUACGGCGGCGGAAUUGGCGGAAACUGUGAGGGUAGCAGAGAUAAUAACGCCGAUAGAGGUGGCAACAGCUUUAGCGUUUUGUACGGGACUUUUACAUCUUAUCAUGGGUUUCUUCCGCCUGGGCACUUUAGCAGCUCUCCUUAGCGACCCUCUGGUUAAUGGCUUCACCACCGGCGCUGCCGUACAUGUCAUCGUUAGCCAACUGAAGGAUGUACUCGGUGUUCAAGUACCACGUUAUAAGGGUGCCUUUAAGGUCAUCUACACCGUCAUCGACCUCUUCAAAUCCAUACCAAAAACAAAUAUCAUAGCACUGACCAUAUGCUUUUGUAUCAUUAUCUUUAUGACGAUCUGUAAUGAGUUCCUUAAACCUUGUCUACGUAAACGCUGUCGUCUACCCUUUCCGGGCGAGUUGAUUUCAGUCAUUGGUGGCACUUUGGUCUCACGUCUGCUCGAUGUGCAUGGCAACUAUGAUGUAACAUUAGUCGGUGAUAUUCCAAAGGGCUUACCAAUGCCCGAACUGCCGCGAAUGGAUCUAAUACCCAUGGUGGCGGUAGACUCAAUAGCGAUUGCAAUUGUGAGCUUUUCUGUGGUCAUGUCUAUGGGCAUAACAUUCGCUAAGAAACAUUCGUAUGAGGUGCGUGCCAAUCAAGAGCUUUUCGCUUUGGGUAUGGCAAAUUGUAUAUCCAGUUGUUUCUCCUGUUAUCCAUUGGCAUGUUCACUCUCGCGUUCUGUGAUACAAGAGCAAACGGGUGGUGUGACCCAGCUGGCGUCACUCGUAUCGGCAAUACUCAUCAUAAUGACGUUACUAUGGUUGGGUCCGUUCUUCAGCACACUACCGAGGUGCGUGCUGGCUGGUGUGAUUAUUGUUGCCUUGAAGCCGAUGUUCAUGCAGGCGAAAGAGCUGAAGAAAUACUCCAAACAGGGUAAAUUGGAACUUCUCACAUGGAUUGCAACUUUCUUAUCUGUGGUGUUGAUCGACAUUGACUAUGGUCUCCUUAUUGGCAUUUUCAUAUCACUGCUGGCACUGUAUAUUAAAGGCCUCAAACCCUAUUGCUGCUUGUUGGGCAUAAUACCCGAAGCGGCUGCCGUCUAUGUGGAUCUCAAUCAUCAUCGCAAUGCAGUCGAAGUGCCUGAAACGAAAAUCUUCCGCUAUGUUGGAUCGUUGAACUUCGCCAGCAAUAUGUAUUUCCGGCAUUCGCUGUACAACGUCAUCGGCUUGGAUACAAAAAAACUGCAACGUAGUAAGAAAGCGGUGAAAGCGAACGGCGCCACAACCGAGAAUGGUCAAGCGGGACAGCUGAAUGAUUUUCGAUUUUUGGUGCUGGAUUUCUCCAUGCUGGGACAUGUUGAUGUGGCUGGUUGUAAGGCCAUAACGGAUAUGAUGAAAGAGCUAAAAGUGUUGGGUGUGCGUAUUUUCGUUUCCAGUCCAUCUGAUCGCGUUUACGAUACCUUAGUGCACAGCAUGGCAUUAGGUGAGGGGCCAUUCGAAAUCUUUCCCACUCUACAUGAUGCAGUGGAAUAUGCCAAUGCUUGUCGGGUAGCGUGAGGAAGAAUGGCACGGUGGGGAAAUGGAUAAGAGAGAUUUAAGCCUUUCGUUUGUGGCAUGUAGCUACGGUGUUUAGUGAGCACCCUGUAAAUGUGUAGCUGUGAAAAAAACUCCGAUAAACUAUGUCGCUAUUAGCUAAGCAGAGUUGUAUAGAAAAUUUUAAGAAAUUUACAGUGUAUACAGCAUAGAUAUUUAUACUAUAUAUACACAUACAAAAUUUAGCGAGCUUUAAAAAUGAGUGAGUGCUGAGACAAACAAACAAAAAAUAACUAGUUAAAGCGUAAUAUUAAUAAAGGGUCUUUCAAAAGUGACACUUAGAUGCCAGUAGAGAAUAAUUGAAUAGGGGGUAACUUUUUUUUAUGUAAUCUUUGACAUUUGUACAAUUUUACACGAUGGAACAACGCGUUAAAGUUAGUGAAAUUUAUGAUGAAAAUGGUCACCCUUUUGGAUCACCGCUCCAAAAUACCUUGCAUCAGCAAGACUUUUACUGAUUAUUCGAAUGAAAAAGAAUGUUACAGGAUUAGGUAGGUAGGUGAAAUGGUUGAAGUGCCAGUCUGGCACUCCUCAAGUAGCACUAAACCGCCGUUUUGAUACCAAAAUUAUUUAUUUUCCUCAAACUUUAACAAAAAAAUAGUGUAAUUUAUUGCGGAUUAUUCUGUUCUUCGUGAGUUUUUGUUCGCGGCUUAUUCCAUCGAAUGAUGCAAAAGCGUUAAGAACAACAUAUGGCAAAAUUUGCGUUUUUUUUAAUGGAAAUAAUCGUUUGCAUAAGUCGAAAAUUAAAGGUUGGUGAAAAAAGUUCAAGCAAUCGAUUCUGUGGAGGAUAGAAAAAGACUGCCUAACAACACUGGGGGGUUUUUUAAGCAAAGUCUAUGUAAAUAAUUCAACAACGAUUGCAGCUAUCCAACAUUCGGAUCGAGAUUGCUGAACUAGUGGAAACAAUCAUCCGAAUGAGUCGACAAUUGGUUUGUGGAAAAAUUUCAAGAAACUGGCUCUGUCGAGUAUAGAAAGAAAUGACAGACCAAAAUGGGGUUUUUUGGGAAGCAAAUUCUAUAUAAAUAAACCAACAACAAUUCCAGCGAUCCAACAUUCGGAUCGAGAAUGCUGUAUUUAGUGGAAACAAUCAUCCGAAUGAGUCGACAAUUCAAAGAUUGCUCUAAAAAUGUCAAGAAUCUGAUUCUAUGGAGGUUGUAGAGGCUGAGUAACCUUCAACACCGAUGCAUAUCCCGACGUUCCCAAACAAUUAAUUAUUCAUGAAUCGACUGUUUGGCGCAUUUUACUUGUAGACGUGCUAAUGGUGGGCAUUCAAGUGAUGUCAUGCCCUAUUUCGCAUAAAAAUAGUGUAUCUUUUGAAGAACCCUUUAUACAGACUUGUAUAAAUUUAAUGCGUAUAUUUUGCCGUGAAUACACUUACAUUUUUUUCUUUAACUGUAAUUGGUACCACCUAAAAUGUACAACGACAUUAAUUAAUCACAAAUAUAUUUAUUUUUAUGCAUACAAAAUGAAAGGAAAAUUAUGUAGCGUAAGCCAAAGUGAAAAGUUAUGUAUAUUAAAUAUAAAAAUAUGUUGUUACUUAGAAAAUUCAUUACCAUUUGAGGUAUACCUAUGUAAAUUGUAAAUAAUAUACAACUACUAGGGUAGUAAAUAUGUACUAAGUAGAUGUAGCAUGACUUGAAAUAUUUAAAUUUAUAGAAGCAAAUUUGAAUUUAUAGAAAUUGUAAAUGCUUACCAACAAAGUUUUUUAAUACAAACUUGAAUUUUUGUUAAAAUUUACUCAAAAAACAGAAGCUAAAUAAAUUCAUUUUAUCUCCAAAAAAUGGUAGGAUAGUCAAAGCAUUGGCCCAUAAGUCGAAUUCAUGCAUGUUGAACGCGUUAAGGGGUUAGGGGUAGUCAGAGGCCCGAAAAAAUGAUGAUUUUCAAUAAUGAUUUUUUGCUAGUCAAUUGCUUUAUUUUACAAAAAAAAACAUAGCAUUACGACAUCAUGUUUCGACUUGACUUUAGUAAAAUUUCAAAAAAAAAAAUUGUAAAAAUUAAAAUCCGGAAGUCCCUUGCGGUUCUUCACAAGUCCUUGGAGAAUCAUCUAAAAUCAAUCGGACAAGUGAAACUCCUUUUAUUAAUAGAUAAUCUUCUGCCUGAUUGAGGCUUCUUUUUUUUUUUUUUUUUUUUUUCAAAAUUAAAAUUAUGGCGGCCUCAGGAAAUAUUUUUCAGAUUUUUGAGAAAAAAAAACCAACAAUUAAUUGUUUAAAAAAAUUGAAAUUUUUAAAUAAAAAAUCUUUCGAUCAGGCACGAGUUUUUUAAGUUUUUCAAAAGCGGUAUAAAUUUUAUUGAAAUCUACCAAGUUUUACCGGUUUUAAGUUACAGUGAUCACCAGUUCAAAAAACAUAGUUUUGAGAAAAACGCAUUUAAAGUUUUGCUAUCUGCUCCGGAGUACCCGAGCGCCCUUUGUUAAUUGUUGAAUAACUCGAAAAAUAUUUGUCGGACUCACUUAUAAUUUUCACACAAUACUUUUAAGAUAUUUUACUUGAACUAAAUUAAAAAUAUGUAUACAUCUGCAUUGCGUGUAAAAUGCAAAAAAAAAUCCAAUAAAUUCUGACUACCUCUAACCCCUUAAACUCGCGGUUUCAUAAAUCACAGCACCGAUUGCGCAUUUUUGGUUUCCGGGCACGUUUAGUCUGGCAAAAGAUGUUUAGCAGCCGCGCUAUUGCUAUGCUACCUGCCGCCAAGACAUUCCUCUCCAAGGCGGUUUGGCAGCACAAAUAAACAUUCAAAAAGUGAAAAAGAAAAAAAUAACAUUUCAAGGAAAGCGCUUAAAAAUAGCCUAUACUCGUAUAUUUUUAAAGUGAAGAGCACUAAAAUAUUUUUUUGUAAUAUAAUUUCUUACAAACGCCAAGUAUGAAAAGUCCAAAAAUUGUGAUCAUUCAUAACCUAGCAAUUCAAUUACUACGAAGACUAAGCAACUAAGGAUGUGUAAAUUAAUAUAUAAAUGUAAAUAUAUAUGUGUGUAAGCAAAGAUGUUGUGCAAUAAUAGAAAACAAUAUUUAGUUAAGUGAAUAUUUACAUAACUAUUUAGCGACUAUACCACAUACGAACAAAACAAGUGCCUCCACGAAAGCCAGCGAUGGUAGGCGCAUAACUGCUGCUAAAGCAUAUAGGAUACAUAAAGAUUGCUUUAGAAUAACUGAAUUCAGGGUGAAAGCGAUAAAAGAUUGUAAAAAUAAAAUAUACAUUAAAUGUUAUAUAUUUUCAAUACUGAACUUAUAAACGAAAUGAAGACUAAUACAAGGUGAAGUUCAAAAUAAACAAGGCUGGGGUCAUAAACUAUUUUUGAUGGGACCAUCUUUUUAACGUGUUAGUGCGUUAGAAGUUACAUCCCUAGUUGACUACCAGUGACAUUCAGUUUAAUAGAAGCGAAGUUAUUGCGUCUAAAGUGUCAGUAUGUUUGUGUCAUCGGUACAAAAUUGAGUUUCGAACAAAGAGCUAAUAUCAAAUUUUGUUUUAAAAUCGGUAAAACGUUUACCGAAAUAUUUGAAUUGAUGAAAAAAGUUUAUGGCGACGUUUGUGCCAGAGUUCAUGAGUGGUUUAUACGAAGGAGAUGGUUGUGAGGACAUAAAUGGCAAAGAACAUCAUCAAAAUCAGCAA